UUAGCAGAGCCAAUAUCCUUUUGUGCUAAUAGCCCCGUCCUCAUUUGCUGCCUAAUUGGACUAUAUAAAGCCAAUAACAGGCGAGCUCUUAUAGCCCGGAGCCAAAGCACCACGUCUAAAGGGGGGUGGGGGGAGGCUGCCACCGCUGCUGCUGCAUGGGGCUAGGGCUGCGCGGAGCCCUCUCCCGUCGGCUGCCGCCUAAUCCCGUUUGCCAUUGUGCGUGCCCAAUCGCCGUGUACUCCCUGCAUUUAACUUGGAUGACAUUUUGAUUUCAUCAUUAGCAUCCGGCGCCAGAUUGACGCAGCAGCAGCCGGGCGCUGGUCCUCCUCGCCUCCUCCCCGCAGCAGCCCUGGGUCCCGGGCUCUGGGGGGUCUCCGGCGGCUGAGCAGCCCCCCAUGCGCGGAGGCGCUGCCUCCUCGCCCCGCCGCCCGCUCGCAGCCUGCCCCAGCCCCGCCCGGAUUGGGUGCCCCGCGCCGGGACUGAGAGGGCGGUGUAUGGUCUGAGCCGCCGCUGCCCUGCCACAGACCGGGAGGAGGAUGCCUGAGACCGGACAGGAGCCCCCCAGCAGCCAGCCGCCGCCGCCGCCCAAGGAGUCGCCUUUCUCCAUCAAGAACCUGCUCAACGGCGACCACCCCAAGGCGCCCCCCAAGCAGCCCCGAGCGCUCUUCGCCCCGGCCGCCAAGGGGGCUCUGGAUGGAGCCGGCUUUGCCCUCUCCCAGGUGGGCGAGCUCGCCUUCCCCCGCUUUGAGAUCCCGGCGCAGCGCUUUGCCCUGCAGGCGCACUACUUGGAGCGGUCUCCCACCUCCUGGUGGUACCCCUACACCCUGAGCGCCGCGGGAGCCCACCUGCCCAGGCCGGAAGCGGCAGAGAAAUCUCUUCUGCGAGACUCCUCCCCGGCCUCGGGCACUGACAGAGACUCCCCAGACCCCCUGCUGAAGGCCGAGCCGGACCGCAAGGAGCUGGACUCCAAAAGCCCCGACGAGAUCAUUCUGGAGGAGAGUGACUCGGAGGAGGGGAAGAAGGAGGAGGCCCGGGAGGACUGGAAAGCCCGAGAGGACAGCCCGGAGAAGAAGCCCUGCCGGAAGAAGAAGACCCGCACCGUCUUCUCCCGGAGCCAGGUCUUCCAGCUGGAGUCCACCUUUGACAUGAAGCGGUACCUGAGCAGCUCGGAGCGGGCCGGGCUGGCCGCCUCUCUGCACCUGACAGAGACCCAGGUCAAGAUCUGGUUUCAGAACAGAAGAAACAAGUGGAAAAGGCAGCUGGCCGCAGAGCUAGAGGCUGCCAACCUCAGCCACGCGGCCGCCCAGAGAAUAGUGAGGGUGCCUAUCCUGUACCACGAGAACUCCACCGCCGAGAACGGCACCUCGGCGGCCAACGUGCCCGUCAGCCAGCCCCUCUUAACAUUCCCCCACCCGGUCUACUACUCCCACCCGGUAGUCACAUCAGUACCGCUUCUGCGACCCGUCUGAGGACUGACCCCAUUCAACUGUCUGGUGCGCCCGUGGGGAGGGGGUGGCUUGAAAAAAAAUCACCAAAACCUCUAGGUCAGGAAAGAGGCCCGAGGAAACGGAGCAGCUGUAAAUGAUCAGUAAUUUUGUAAGUACUCCAAUGAUUUGUGCAAUUCAUCAAGCCAAUAUUUGAUGCUCUUUUUUUAAAGGGUGGUUGUUAGGAGAGGGGGAAAAAAUCACCCUAAAAAUAAAACCAGAGUUGAAGUGGAAACUUGUAGAGAACACUAGGAUUGUCACAUCUUUUUGUAAACGUGAACAAAAUAUUGCGCUGAUCUUUGUGGCUUUAAUUUUAUUUUUGUAAACAACAAUAAAUAAAAUGAUCGCGGUUUACUCCUCCAUAUUUGCCAAAUGCUAGCGGAAAACGGAAUUUCUGUUCCUUUCAUGCCUUUCCUUCUUUCCCAGCCCGGUUAAUCCUCUCGGUUCUGAUACAACUCAGAGACGCCACCAGACGUGGCUUUUAAUUUAACCAGACCUUUGUACAAAUUUGCCUGGUCACUUUGCCAAUGUUUUGCAUUGUUCUGUUUCUGUGAUGGGACUUUAUAACGCGAAAGAAAUACAGGAAAAACGAAAAAAACCUUAAUUAUAUACACAGGUUGGAUGAUCCUUUAUUUAUUAUAAUUUGUUUAGAUUUUAAAACAAUUGAUUGUGGAUUAUUAUUGUCCUAGGGUUAUUUUCUUUGAAAUGGCAUUUCAACAUUAAAAAAAUCUGUAUCCUUUUGGGGUUUUUUUGUAAAACAAAAAUCUAUUGUACUUUUUGAACUGUGCAAUAUUGUACGAAAAUUCUUAAAGCGCUGCUUUUAUUUUAAUAGUGAAAAAGGGUUUUUUUUUCAUUGUAUAAUUGCGUUCAUUCCUGUAGUUAAAAAGAAGGAAAGUGAAAAGAGAGGGAUAGGAGGAGGGAAUAAACACUAGACCUGCUAACAUAAAUAAAUAAAUAAAAGAUGUUGAGUGAGCUGAGCGCUUUAAGUGAAGGACAAUCAAUCUUUGAAAAAAGUAACUUAUUUGCUAUUAUGUACAGUUUUCUUGUAGAGUCCAUCGGAUGUGUGGGUUUUAGUAGACUGAAAUCAGUUGCUGUGUGGACACCUCCAUUCUAUCUUUCCUGCUGUCUGCUCACCUGUUGUAGGACAAUUGUUUAGUAUCAUCCCAACGUGUUGGGGUUUUUUUUGUUUUUGUUGUUUGGUUUUUUUUUUGGUUUGGUUGGGUUUUUUUUUUUUUUUUGGUUACCUAUCUAGUUCUGUCAGGAAUCGGUCCUGUUUUUAAAACAAUCAAUACUGUUAUAACUGAAU